UCAGCGGAACGACUGAGACAGCACCAGAGGAUCCACUCUGGAGAGAAACCUUACAAGUGUUCACACUGCGACAAGAGAUUCAAUCGGUCAGAAAACCUGAAAACACAUGUGAGAACUCACAGAGAGAAACCAUACACGUGUGAUCAGUGCGGGAAGAGUUUUGCACAAAAAGGACACCUUACUGCGCAUCUGACCGGUCAUACGGGAGAGAGACCGUUCACAUGUGUUCAGUGUGGAAAGAGUUUUGCACAAAUAAGAAUCCUUAAGAAACACAUAAACAUCCACACCGGAGUGAAACCGUUCACAUGUGAUCAGUGCGGGAAGAGUUUCACACAUUCAUCGCAACUGAAGAGACACAUGACCAUCCACACCGAAGAGAAACCGCAUACGUGCGAUCAGUGCGGAAGAAUAUUUUUGAGGGAUUCGUACCUGAAGAAACACCUGAAAGUUCAUUCAGAAGAGAAACCACAUUCAUGUUCUUUCUGUGGAAAGAGAUUUUUACUGCUGCAAAGUUUAAAACUGCAUCAGAAGAUACACACUGGUGUGAGAGAUUACAUUGAGCGUGAAGAGACUUUUAUUAUAGCUGAACAACUGAGACGGCACCAGAGGAUCCACACUGGAGAGAAACCAUACAAGUGUUCACACUGCGACAAGAGAUUCAGCCAGUCAGAAAAUCUGAAAACACACGAGAGAACCCACACCGGAGAGAAACCAUACAAGUGUUCACACUGUGGCAAGGGAUUCAAUCGGUCAGAAUAUCUGAAAAUGCACAUGAGGAUCCACACCGGAGAGAAACCUUACUCGUGUGAUCAGUGUGGCAUGUGUUUUACACAAAAAGGAAACCUUACUGUGCAUCAGGCUGUUCAUACGGGAGAGAAACCAUUCACUUGUGAUCAAUGUGGAAACAGUUUUGCACAGUUAAGAGUCCUUAAGAAACACAUGAACAUUCACACGGGAGACAAACUGUUCACAUGUGAUGAGUGCGGGAAGAGUUUCACACAACAAGGAUUCCUUACCAUGCACAUGAACAUCCACACUCGAGAAAAGCUGCACAUAUGCGAUCUCUGUGGAAAGGCAUUUUUGUGGGCUACGAACCUGAAGAAUCAUCUGACCGUUCAUUCAAAGGAGAAACCGCAUUCAUGUUCUGUGUGUGGAAAGAGCUUUUCACGGCUGGAUAAUUUAAAAGCCCAUCAGAAGAUACACACUGGGGUGAAAGAAUACAUGUGCUUUGAGUGUGAGAAGACUUUUAUUACAGCUAAAGAAUUAAAACGGCACCAGAUGAUUCACACUGGAGAGAAACCUUACAAGUGUUCACACUGCGACAAGAGAUUCAGACAGUUAGGAACUAUGAAAAGGCAUGAGAUGAUCCACACCAGAGAGAAACCUUAAAUGUGAUCGAUGUGAAAACAUUUUUGAGGGAUUUAGUCCCAAAGAAGCACAUUAAAGUUCGUUGAAAAAUCC